AUGCUGAGAAAUUUGGGUCCCAAUGCCAUCUAUAUCCUUGCUAUCGUUGCAGUUUCUUUGGAAACGAUAUCAGCAACAAAGUUCAUGAAUUUUGAUCCAGACCAGAUUAUGAAGGAUCUCGAACAAUACGAUGUACAGGAGAAACAUGGUGCCACAUUUGAUCCAGAAAUCUAUGAUGCAGUAUUGAAGGAGUUUUCUCGAUUUGUAAGAAAUGAUCACGAUGACGGAAGAAGAAUGGAGGAUUUUCAUGAAACAAAUCGUUUUCAAGAGAAACUUCAAUCACAAAAUAGCCAGGAACCAUCGAACAGAGGAAAAAUACAGGUAAUCCAUCCGAGAGAUGUUUCUCAACGAGAACAGCACAAACCGAACAACCAUAUAGUUUUUCCUCCACCUCAUUAA